AUGCCAAAACUAUCAUAUUUAAUAAAAAAAUAUAAGGGAAAAGAGAACGAAAAAAUAAAAGAAGAAUGCAAAAUAAAUGACAAUGUAGAAAUAGAAGUUUUCAGUAUACUUAAUGAUAACUCGUGCUAUUCCUCUGAUAGCACUGAUUUAGACAGUCAUGUCGAAAAAAUCAAAAGGAAUAACAUUAUUAAAAUAAAUGAAGAAGAGGAUACAAAAUGGGAGGGAAAUUUUAAUUGUACUAAUACUAGCGCGAAAAGCUAUUUGAAUAUAUUAAAUGACAACUUAAAGGAAGAAUAUAAACAUAUCAAUAAUUAUAAUGACAAUAAUUACAAUAAUAAUAAUUUCAGCAGUGGUAGGAAAAGAUGGGAUGAUACGACGCAUGAUAUGAUUGAAUAUGACUGCGGUCAUAAUUCGAAGAGGAUGGAAGGAGAAAAAAAGAACAACUUAUCGAACGACGAUUUCUCAAGGGGCAAUUUCUCAAGUGGUAAUUUCUCUAGUGAUAGUUUGUCAAGUGCCCAUAUGUCAAGGAGGAAUUGGUCGAAUGAUGAUCUGAUCAAUGCCAAUACACCGUACGACGAUUCGAUGCAUAACAAUGCAUGUAUAAGCAAGGACUAUUUAGCAGAUGUAACAAAUAAACAAAAUUCUCCUUAUUGGGGGAAGAGGAAUAUGAGAAACAUUUUGCUGUCGAAAAAAUCACACAUAUUUCACAGUAUUAAAAUAUUAUUUCCCAAAUAUGUAGAACAAAAUGGGCUGAACAGGUUAGGUAAUAAAAGUUAUAAUUUAAAUAAAAACGAUGAUUUUUCACCUUCUGAUAAUAUUAUAUUAGAAGAGAAGGGAGAAGAAAUAUCUGGGGAUAAUGAAAAAGGAAAUCAGAAAAGAAGUGCACAUUGCACAUUAAGAAGCAAUAAGAUGCAAGAUAACAUCAAUGAACAAUCGAAUUAUUUGAAUGAGUUUACCAUGUUGGAAGAAGAAAAUUUGAGAGAUCAAAAUAAAAAAGACAACCCUUUACAUAAUACUUACGUAAAUUUUAUAAUAUAUGAAAAUAAAAUAAAAAAGAUUGAGAAAAGGAAAAAAAGAAAAAAAAGAAAACUAAUAAUAAUAGAAAAAAAAAAUAAUAAUAAUAAUAAUAAUAAUAAUAAUAAUUAUAAUAAUAAUAAUUAUAAUAAUAAAAAAGAAAAAUUGGUAAAGGCGAAGUAUGACAUACUAUUUGCUAAGAGUAUAUUACAAAAAGAAAUUAGUACAAUAGAAAAACAUGAAUACAUUUCCCAGUUAUAUAAUGAUAUAUUAGAAGGUAUAAAUUAUUUCAAUAAGUUAAAAGUUAGACAGGCUUAUCAUAGUAUAAGAGACGUGUUUAUGAAAAAAUAUUGCAAAGAGAAUAAUGUAAAGAAAUUUAUAGAAAAUGUAUUUGUGAGUGAAAUAUUGUAUAGAUAUAAAAUUAUAAAAAAAGUAGAAAUCAUAUUUAAUUUAGAGAUAAAUGAAACGAGUAAUGACUUUGUGAACUAUUCUAUUAUUUCUAAAAGGGUAUACAAAAAUUUCGUUUUCGAUUAUGUAAUUGAUUUAGUAGAUGUAAAUGGCAAGUUGUGCUUUAUGAAAUACUUAUAUUGGUUGAGUGAACAGAAUAAAAGGAAUAGCUUAGAGUGUAAUUCUAAGAGAUAUUCCAUAGAGUUUAAAAGUAAUAACUCGUUUUUCGUUGAUACAUUAUCCGACGAAAAAAAUUCUGAAAGGUACAUGUCAAUGAGUAGCAGCAGUAGCAGGAGGAAGAGCAACUGUAGUAGUUGUGACAAUGGGAAUGCAAAUGGAAGUGAUAAUGGGAAUGACAAUAACAGUGACAGUAAUAGAGAAGCAUUAAAUGAAAGUGAAAAUAAGAAGAUAUUAAAUCAGAAAAAGAAGAAAAAAAGAAAAGAAAAAAAAAAAAAGAAAAACAAUCACAUAUUAAAAAAGGAAAGUAAAAAAAAAAAUACGUCUGAAAAAUGUAUUGCAAAUAAGUAUAUCGACUUUGGUCAUUUUCAUUUAGCUUAUGAAGAUGAAGAUAAUGAGGUUUUUUAUUUCGUAACAAAAAAAGAAUUUAAUGUAUUCAAAAAAAUUAUUUCCAAAAAUGCCGUUGAGAAAAAAAUAAGAAAUGAUAAAGAGAACCCUCAAAAGGGUGGGAAACGUGCUGCGAGGGAACAGGAGUUCGAUGAAGAGAAAAAAGAUCAGGGGGAUUAUAGCAAUAAGAUGAAUAAAAAUGGCAAUCAGAAUAGAGAUCCAGAUAACAGUAAAGAUGGCAAUCAAGAUGGCAGUCGAGAUGGCGGUCAAAACGAUGAUAAAAAUACAUUUGUACAUUACGACACGAAAGCAAGUCCCAAAGUUGCAAUCCCAGAAAAUAAUGACGUAAUAGGCGGAAAUGAGGAAAAAAGUGAUAUAAAUACAGUUAUCUAUUUUUAUAUAAAUUUAUUGAUCCCUUCAAAUUUCAUAUACGUUAUUGCUACUCUGAUUGAGAGUGAAUUCUUUAAAUCUUGGAUCCCCUUUUAUUCGUUCCCCUUUAAAUUCGGAAUUAGCGAGUGUAAAACUUUAAAGGAAAGAGGUAUCGUUGAUAAAAUAGUGUUUACUAAAAUAGCCAUGCCCUGGAUUGUCAGAGACAGGUAUUUACUAAUGGAUGUAUGGAUAUGCGAAGAUUUUCAAUUUUCAAAAGGAAUAUUUUUAUAUGCCUCCAACUUUCCUAAAAGCUCGGAAAAUACUAAGAAUUUCAUUUUUGAGACGGACAGUUGUAUGGAAAUUGAUAUGACUGUUCAUGCAUUUAUUUCUCCAAAAAAUUUUGAAGAAACUUUUGUGAAGUGUUACGUGGAAAUAUCUCCAAACACAAACCUGAAUGAAAUUUUUAUUUCCUUUUUAACAAAAGUUUUUAUAAAAAGCUGUAUAUCCCACUUUGCUAAGGCAUGCAAAAAUUUUGAGUUUAACGAAGAAUUUAAUAAUGAGCUUCGCAAAAACCAUUUGUUUUAUGAUCAACUAAGAAAAGCCGCGAAGGAAUGUAAAAUGUAUCGUCAAUAA